UGGGCUCGUCAUAGCCUUGUCAGCUAAAACUUUGGGUUCGAUCGCGUUCCUAAAGCAGCUGUCCUGACAUCGGACAUCCUUCAAAGCUGUCACGCGGAUUUGGAUCUUUUUCCCUGCUGGGGCCGUAAUCCAGUCAGUGCACAUGGAGUAAGCAUCUCGGAUGGUGGUGGUAGCGGUACUACCAACGGUGAUACUCCUGGUUUUCCAGGCUGUACCGGCUGCCAAAGUUGUACCACAUCCUGCCUUUCGUUGUCCACAGAGAAUACCUCCAUAGCCAGCCGGACAUAG